AUGAGCGUCACGGUUCGAUACACACGGGCAGAACUCUUGUCACUGGCCCCAAAGCCGCACGAGAUUACCCUCACAGCUGGGGCCUUGCAGAAGUUCAAGGUAAUAGAAACGGAACCACUCGUGGAGACGACUCCAGUGGAGCCCCCUCGCAACGAAAGCGCCAGCAGUGGUGGUGGUGGUGGUGGUGGCGGCAGUGGCAAUCGCAAAGGGGAAGGGAAAAACGGCGCAAGUGGGCGUCGCACAGCAAACAACGACCGCUUCGCACCCCCUUCGCGUGGCUGGCGCGGCAGCAGGGACCAGGAGGCAUUUGAGGAAGGCUACAAGUAUGAAUUGGAGCGGAAUGCCAUAAAAAAACAGGCUCUACAGGAAACCAUGGCGAGAGAACAACAAAAAAGCGAAAAUGCUGCGGAGGAAGAGACGAAGGCAGAAUCUAAGGAAAAGGACGAGCCAGCUCCCGCAAAGGAGGAAGCCAAGGUCAAUUAUGACGACGAAAUGGAACGUUUGAUGACAAGCAUUGGGUUGGGUGAUGGUGCGACCAAGAAGGUCACCAAGUCGCGUUUCUUCUCUGGAGCGGAAUCUGGAAACAAAGGCACCACAACUGCUCCCCUGGCCACUGGACAAUCCUUCAUGGAGCCAUCGGCGCUGCCUUCGACAAUAUCUACAAAGGACCAGUGGCCGUUUCACGCGAUGGUCCCAACGAGCGGGAAUGUGGUUUGGAACAACGUGGAUGCGCAGCGGGCCUCUGGGAUUGCAGGCCCUGCAUCCGCUACUAACGGUGCCGUCCCAACUAAUGUGGUUGUAGGUUCUGUGCAGUCUUCCAUGCUUUCAGGUGUGUCGGCUCCAUCUUCAGUGCAAAUGACACAACCAUCUUUGUUGGGAACGGUACCGUCAUCGACGACAACAUCUACAAUUCCGUCUACAGCGGCACCAGCACCAGCGUCAGAGCCCUCGAAGACAUCGCCUAUCACUCAGGCCCGAACGUGGAACGCACAGGAGUUAGAGCAAAUGCUUUUAAGUGGCCAGAUGAACAAUAAACAAACAAAGCAAGAGGCGGCUAAAGGCAAACCUAUUGACGCUUCAGCGCUGGAAUCUCAGUUGCUCCAACAGGUGCAGCAGAAUACGCUACGCUCUCACACACAACAGCCGCAACCACAGCCAUCUCCCCACGCACCGGUUCCUGGGACUCCCUCAAUGAGUGGUGCCGCACCGGCGCCUGGAACUCCUCCAACGAUUCCUACAUCUGGGCAGCGUACACCACCUCAGGUUUCCUUGGCUCAGCCCCCGCAGCACAUUCCACAACAACAGCCCAUGCCGUUGCCGUGGGGAAUGACCAUGCAAAAAGUUCCACCGCAACAAUUGCACCAAAAGCUCAUGCAGCCGCAGCCGCAACACCGCCACCACGGUAUUCCCCAGCCGGUUCCCAUCAUCAUGAGUGGGGCACAAGGUGCACCCUACUAUGCACAACAGACUAUGCAUGGCCACUAUGUCGCUGGUUUCGUCCCUGGCCAGGGACAACAGCCGAUGGUGGUAUACCGUUCUGCGGAUGGGACGACUCAGUAUGCCAUGGGGGCGACGGGAUUCCCUCCCAAUGCACAGAUAUUGUUCCCACCGCAGCAACAACAGCAACAACAGCGCCGCUAG